ACAUUAAACUCAUUUUCAUAUUAGAAAAAAAAUAACUUAGAAAAACUCGAGCGCUCUUAUAGCAUUCGGACUUUAGGCAGUUGCACAUUAUUGACAAAAAACCAGCUAAGUGUUUCUUAAUUCAACUCAAAAUGAUAUCAUUAAAUAAAAUAGUUCUUUUAGUGACGUUGCUAUUAUCCAGUUUUGGCUUUGAUUUUGUUUUCUCGACCAAUCUUGACCCAAAUGAAAUGAUGAUGCCAAAAAUGGGAGAACAAAAGCAACAGGAACCAUCUGGCGGGUCCAGAGGCGAAUGGCUUCCCAGCAGAAACGAAGGCGGAGAGUUCCGGCUGAAAAUAGGAGCCAGAGACGAGUUUUGUUUCCACGAGUACUUCGACCUAAAGGAGACUUCAAAUAUUAAGUACAACAUCAUCAUUCGGGUUCUGAAGGGAGGGAGGAGCAAGGACAUAGACAUCAAUGUGUACACACCCAAAAGCACCCACAUCAUCAAGGAGAAGCGGAAGCAGAGCUACUCGGGUGCCCUGGAGAUCAGUGAGGGGGACUGGCGCUUCUGUCUCAACAACAAGUUCAGCAGUGUCUCCGCCAAAAUCAUCUUCUUUUCCCUCCGGCCGGCCGAGACAGAGUCUUUGAGGAAACAGGCCAAGAAAGUAGUGCCUACUGUGCUCACGUAUUCAGACGCCGCGCUCGAGCAGAUCAACACUAACAUGCACAUAGUCCAGAGCCAUCAGGUGGAGAGUAGACUGAAGAUGGCAAGUCACUGGUACCACGUGCAGGGUCUGAAUGAGCGGGUGUCCAACUACAGCAUAGUAGAGCUACUAGUCAUGUGUGCAUCCCCCAUAGUACAAGUCACUCUACUCCGGCGUCUAUUCUCCUACAGGUACACGAAGAGAUACACCAGCAAUGGAGCUGCAGUCAACCCUCAGGCAUAACCAUUCUACAUAUCUGUGCUUGCAGCUCGAUAAAAUCGAUUAAACGUGUUUUAAAGUUUCAACUUCUCAAAUGCAAUUUUAUUAAUUUGCCAAUACAUAUCAAGUAAUUCAUGUGGAUUCAAUUCAAUUUAUCUUCGUCCUGAAAAAAAACACUUCUUUCAUUGUCUGUUUGUGCCUUGGUUUAGCUAGUGUUUUAUCAAAUUGCUUUACUUUUUUCCUUGAGUAACUAUGUUAGAAAACUGAUAAAUCAGUCCGAGGCACUGAUGAAAUCCGU